AUGAGCGACGAGGAAUUGAAUGUGGAAAGCCCUCUACCAGAAAAUAAAGAGAACUGGCUUGAUAUUGAUGAUUCGACGUCACUACCGUCCAUUUCACUUGAUGAAGCUCUAUUGCAGCUUGAUCAACUCGACGACACAUUGAUCCUCGGAUUGCCGGGAACAGCUGAAGAAGAAUCAAUCUUGGAUGGAGGAGCAGCUUCAUUUAGUGGCCAUUCACAUCAACACCAUAAAGAACCAUCGACACCGAUCAGAUAUACGAUAAAUUGUCCGAUCGCCUGGAGGAAAGUCGAAUCAAUCUCCCAUCAAAUCACGAAUUCCGAGCAAAAAAUCGGACGUCCAAAAGCGGUGGCUUCCAACGGCAAUCGUUUAGCGGUGAUCACAUCGAAAGGAGCAUUGCUCAUUUUCGAGGAAUCGACAGAACGAUUGCUCCGUUUGACAUUUGGUAAUUCUGAACUUGGUGCAGCGGCUUGUGUCACAUUCUCGGAUGAUGGGAGCCAUAUAGCGAUUGGCUACAGUAAAGGAGGUGUUAAGAUUGUUAACGCAAGUUCCGGUUCAACGAUUGCCACAAUUCACGAGGCAGGCCAAGGAGGCAAAGGGGUUCUGCAGAUCAUCUUUCUGACUAGACAAAAAACGAUUCUCGUUUUGGACAGUGGUGGAUCAGUUUUCGAGAUUCGAGUCCGAAAAAAUCUCACCGGAAAAUCAAAAGAACAAGUGGUUUGUGUGUUCUCGGGUUGCAACGGGGAAGUGGUGUUGAUGCGCUAUGUUCGGCCACAUCAAAUCCUCAUCUUGGUCACUCUCACAAAAAUUCUAAUCGUUUCGACGAAUCAUGGUGGCUCGGUGAUGAACUCGAUUCCCCUACAAGGUCCACCGAAUGUUCCACCGUUGUGCGACUUUUUCGUGAGUCAAGAUUCAAAAAUCGUGAAACUUUGUGCAAUUCGGGGUCGCCAUUUAUCUCUCUACCAUUUGUUUCCGCGACGUUUCCAGCAAAAACGCGGUCGUUUCGCGGAACUCAUUUCAACCAUUGAGGUGCCGCUGGACUUGUUGGGAUUGUCGUUUUUGAGCGAGGCUUUCAUUUGGGGUGUCGAUUCGAAAGAACAAGUUGGAGUGAUCGAUUUGAACAACAAAGGAUGGUUACCACUCUCAUCUACACAAACGCCUCUACAACUCGUUUAUGCAACAUCGGAUUUUAAGGGUCUUGCCACUGGGGCUAAUGUCUCAGCAGCUCUUUGUUGUCUAGCUGAAACUGUCUGCUAUCCGGCCAUCACAGCACAGAAUGGGAUCGUUUUCGUUUUGGGCGUCUUCUUGUAUCGUUUCAAAAUCUUGAAUGAACUCGAGAUUAUCGAGAGUUUUCAAGAAAGGAAAGAUUUCGGUUCGGCCGCUUUGUAUUCCCUCGAUUUGGCAAAGGGGAAAUUUCAUUCACAAAUGCAGAAUGUCCAGGCUAAAGUGAAGGGGAGAAUGGCGGGCAUUUUGAGUAAUCUCCUCGAUUGGACUCUCGAUGGGAUGCCGAAUGGAAAAGUCUCGGAUCUCGUUGUUCAUUAUAAGAAAAACAUUGAAAUUUUGUUGCGAGUGUGUCAUCAAGGAGAUUAUAUGCCAUUUUUCUAUACAAGGGCAUAUCCAAGACUCGAGGCCGAUUCCCUCGCAAGAGCCGUAAUGUUCGAUCUUUUGGAUGAAGCCGUCCUCGACGGAGCUCUCGUCGAUCCCCCGCCAACGCUUGUCGCCGAUUAUCUCAUAAAUCUUCUCCAUGAAGGUCACUUCUCACAACUUCAAGCUGCCACCAUGAGACUACCAAUCUAUUCAAUUGAUAUACACUGGGUGAUGUCGACAUGUCGUCAAAAUCAACUAUACGAUGGAAUAAUUCACAUUUCGAAUAAAGCGCUUUUUGAUUUUAUUGGACCAUUGGAGGAAAUGUUUGCAAACAUUGCAGAGUUCUCUGAUCGAGAUCUUCGAUCCGAUAGUGAAAUUGAAAUUGGAAACAAAUUGUUGUUGUAUUUGCACUGUUGUCUAGCUGGUCGAGCGUAUCCAUUUGGCGAGCUACCAUCUCAUUUAGUCGACACAGUGCCUAUCGAGGUUAGUUUUUCACUUUACUGUAUAUCAUACAAUGUGCACGCGUUAAAUGUGUUUAUUCAAUCAGCCAUACAUCUCACAAUGAGAUCGAGUUAU